UCGGGCUCGGCGUAAGCUUUGACCCACCUCAUGCGGACUGACCAAUGAGGAGAGGGUCUUAACUUGAGGCCCUCUCUUCAUUGGUCAGUCCGCAUGAGACUGACUCUCAACCGCUCUCAACUCACGUUCAAAGUCAUAGGCAGCUCAGCAUAUCUCUGUGCAGCGCAAAAGCCCGGAUGGACAGUUUGUUAAAUAUAAAGCGGGAGAUUACAGAUACAGUAUUUUGCUCGUGCCCUUGCUGUCCUGGGCUCUUUAGAUGUCGUGGGCCCCUGGGCAAUUGCCCAGUUGCCCGUAUGGUUAAUCCGGGCUUGACUGUAUACAAAAUGGGUGGGAACUGAAAAGGGUGCACUUUUUGAAAAUAAGAACCCCCCUUCUGGCUACGGGCCUGCCUUAUAUGACUCGCAACAAAAUAUAAUGGGAUUUGUGCCUCUAAUACUUUCAGAAAAGCAACUGAACACCAAAGUAGCCUACACUUUCUUGUAACCUAGUAUUUACAAGGAUGCAAGGAAGUGGUCUACAUAGGGCGGAAAAUCUUUACAAUAAAUGUAAAGACACACCUACUGUAUCGUCAGUCAUCACACUGCGAGGAGGAGGUCCGUAGCAGCCCUUCCUCAACAGCGUUUAGAAGAAGCACGACAAUUUGAAAGAACUAAGGAACAAUGGAGAAAACUGUGAAGGAUCACCUGCAGGAUAUUUUUGAUGAUCUGGGGCAGGAAGGCCAGAAAAAGUUUAAAAGCAAAUUGCUCGACCGGAGGGAAGAACCGCGCGUACGACGAGCAGCAGUCGAAAAACUCGAAGACGCGAUAGAUCUCACCACUUUAAUGGUGAACACUUUCACAGAAACUGGUGCUGUUCCUGUAACAGUCCAAAUUUUAAAGGCUAUUGGCUUUCAUGAACAAGCAAAUGAGCUCACCCAGAACGCGGGACAAUCUCCACUUGUUCCUUCACCAGCCCCAUCAAAUAACCAUCAAUCAUCAACCGCUCCACCUCAUGAGCACUUCAUCGAUAGGCAUCGGAUAGAGCUGAUAAAGCGAGUGAAUAAUGUAAACGCCAUCCUAGACGAACUUCUUCAGAUGAACGUGAUCACAGAUGAGAAUUACAGUGCAAUCUGUGCUGAGAAAACCUCACAAGAGAAGAUGAGAAAGUUAUUAAUGGGCCCGAUUAAAUCUGCUGGAAUUAAAGGGAAAGAUUCUUUAUACAAAGCUCUCAAGGACACUGAGCGUUGCUUGAUAGAAGAUCUGGAGGGUCAGUGAACAAACCUGGCUUUUUUUUACAUUUAAUGCUUUUUUUCAUAUACUUGUUGUCUAAUUAGUACACAGAAGAUACAUAACAAAAACAAGGAACUUCAAAAGAGUCUUUAAACAUUUAAACUUGCCAUCGUUUGAAUGUUGUUUUUGACAAAGUGUCACAAAAUCAGCUGCAUCCAUUAUCUUGAAGAUAAUAAACACUUGUCCAAUAUCUUGAAAAAA